AUGGUGAAGUUCCUCAAGCCCGGCAAGGCCGUGAUACUCCUCCAGGGCCGGUUCGCCGGCCGGAAGGCGGUGAUCGUGCGCGUGUUCGAGGAGGGCACCCGCGACCGCCCCUACGGGCACUGCCUCAUCGCCGGCCUCGCCAAGUACCCCAAGAAGGUGAUCCGCAAGGACUCCGCCAAGAAGACGGCCAAGAAGUCCCGCGUCAAGUGCUUCUUCAAGCUCGUCAACUUCACCCACCUCAUGCCCACCCGCUACACCCUCGACGUCGACUUCAAGGACGUCGCCUCGGGCGGGCCCGACGCGCUCUCCACCCGGGACAAGAAGGUCGAGGCCUGCAAGAUCGCCAAGUACCGCCUCGAAGAGAGGUUCAAGAGCGGCAAGAACAGGUGGUUCUUUACCAAGCUCCGCUUCUAG